AUUUUUAGUGUUAUAACAAACUAAAAUACAAAUAUGCAGGGGCGGCGUUUGAAACAAUUUAGGUUUCCUAGUAACAAAAAUAAACAUCUGCCAUAAGUUGGUAUUUGUUUAAAUUAAGAUCAUCAAAAUAACAUAAAAUGAGAGAAAUUGUUCAUAUUCAAGCGGGGCAAUGUGGAAAUCAAAUAGGAGCUAAAUUUUGGGAAGUCAUAUCAGAUGAACAUGGAAUUGACCCCACAGGAACCUAUCAUGGGGACUCUGAUCUACAAUUAGAACGUAUAAAUGUAUAUUACAAUGAAGCCACCGGGGGCAAGUAUGUACCUAGAGCAGUCCUUGUUGACUUGGAACCUGGCACCAUGGACUCCGUUAGGUCUGGACCAUUUGGUCAAAUUUUUAGACCUGACAAUUUUGUCUUUGGCCAGAGUGGAGCUGGAAACAAUUGGGCCAAAGGACAUUAUACAGAAGGUGCUGAAUUAGUAGAUUCAGUUCUGGAUGUGGUAAGAAAAGAAGCAGAAGGAUGUGACUGCAUGCAAGGAUUCCAGCUAACUCACUCAUUAGGAGGUGGAACAGGAUCCGGACUAGGAACAUUACUUAUCUCAAAGAUAAGAGAAGAGUACCCAGAUCGAAUUAUGAACACUUUCUCAGUUGUACCAUCACCCAAAGUAUCUGACACUGUUGUGGAACCAUACAAUGCAACAUUAUCUGUUCAUCAGUUGGUAGAAAACACUGAUGAAACUUAUUGUAUAGAUAAUGAAGCCCUAUAUGAUAUCUGCUUUAGGACUUUAAAACUUACAACACCUACUUACGGCGAUUUAAAUCACUUAGUGUCAGCUACAAUGUCCGGAGUUACUACCUGUCUCCGCUUUCCUGGUCAGCUAAAUUCAGAUCUAAGAAAGUUAGCAGUAAACAUGGUACCUUUUCCCCGACUGCACUUCUUUAUGCCUGGUUUUGCUCCUUUAACAUCUCGAGGCAGUCAGCAAUACAGAGCUCUCACCGUUCCUGAAUUGGUUUUACAAAUGUUUGAUGCUAAAAAUAUGAUGGCAGCUUGUGAUCCCCGACAUGGAAGAUAUCUAACUGUGGCUGCCAUCUUUAGAGGUAGAAUGUCCAUGAAAGAAGUUGACGAACAGAUGUUGAAUAUCCAGAAUAAAAAUAGUAGUUAUUUUGUGGAGUGGAUUCCAAACAAUGUAAAAACGGCAGUUUGUGAUAUUCCUCCUAGAGGUCUUAAAAUGUCAUCAACUUUCAUAGGAAACUCUACCUGUAUUCAGGAAUUAUUUAAAAGAAUUUCUGAACAAUUUACUGCAAUGUUCAGGAGGAAAGCUUUCUUACAUUGGUACACCGGAGAAGGAAUGGAUGAAAUGGAAUUUACUGAAGCUGAAAGUAAUAUGAAUGACCUAGUCUCUGAAUAUCAGCAAUACCAGGACGCAACAGCAGAAGAAGAGGGCGAAUUCGACGAGGAAGAGGAAGGUGAUGAGGGCGAAAACUAAUUUUUAUCUAUACAUUUUCAAAUCUCCCAGUAGUUUUGUUACUUGGUGCGAUUAGUGUUUAAAAUAUAUGAGGUAACAACUUUAUUGAGAAAACAAAAUAAACUUUGAGUUAUAUUUGUUUUUUAAUUUAUUCCUGUUACAAAUUGGUUAUAAAAUUGUUACAUACAAAAUUUUUGUUUUAUCUUAAAAUAUAAAUAAACCGAUAUGUAAUAAAA